AUGUACGCCUUGGGUCUUGAAAUGGCACGCUGCAUCUUGGCUAUGCAAAGGGGUCAUUCCAAGGAACGGAUUGGCGCAUUAUCCGGAAAGAGUAAAUGCUGGAGGGACGGCACAGAUUCAGCGGAGCACAUGCCACCCUCGGAACUCGACGAUAUUCCACAGGCAACACUGCAACAGCAAAUAGCCGUACUUGCAACGUCAUGUUUUCCACAGACGUCUAUCACGGGGCGUAGCAGGCCGGAUGAUCGAGCACCAAUCGGCCACGAUUCGGGCGAACAGAGACUCCACAAGAAUGUGGUCGACGGCGACGACAGGCAACGUCAGCCAGCGGAGUUAUAG